UUGUUAUCUGUGUUGUUAUGUCUUCUCAAUGAAGUUGUCACAUAUGUCGAACAACCUUUAAAGUGGCUGCAGAUCUUCAGUGAGCAUGCGCUGUUUGCAAACGUUGUUCAGAUCCUGGACAUUAAUUUAAAGGUAACAUGAUAAAUGUGAUCCCCGAUGCCUGCAGAGGAGACUAGAUAAAGCUUCCCUAAUCAUUUCCAGUGGAGGAUUUGUAUGCGCUCUCAUAAAAAGUAAACAUUCUCUGCAGCAAUAAUCAGUGUCAGCUAGGGUAUACUGAAAUUAAUUCGCUGGUAUAAUUUGUCUUGAUGUCAGAAUACUGCACACUUUGGCUGAGUAAUCUGCACCCCUCUGACAGCUAAGACUUCUCUCAAGAGCUCUGACCUGUUUUACUGGUGAAUGUAUAGAUAAAGGACUCGUGAACCAGGCACCUUGUGUUGGAACAUGAAGGAUGUAAAUAAAUAAAUUGUUUUUAGAAAAUGGAGAAUAUAAAUGUUGUCGAUGCUGCUCUUCAUUUCAUCUUGUCAUUGUCCAAAUAUACUGAGGUAAAGUAUUGAUCGUAUCGUAAAUAUGGAUAAAUGGAGUGGGGAGAGAAAGACACUCCUCUGAGAUCGUACUAAACUAAGUCAUACUAAACUAAGUGUAUUCAUACUGGAUAACGUAACUCUUCAUCCCUGAUUGCUCCAGUGUUAGUACAGGAGGAAACCUACACUAAACUAGCUUUAUUUAUAUACCAAAUAACUCCAUCAUUUCUAAACUGUUCUUUCAAAAUGUCCAGAAGAGUUGUCUCUUCAUUAUUGCUUCAGUGUUUCUAAAGGAGAAACUUGGAGAGAACCUGCAGUGUUUGAUCAAAUCUCUCGUGUGAAAUGUGUAACGUAUAUCGUUGAUUUUACCCAAGUGAAGACAGGUUGGUUAAUAUAAUACCUCAUUCUUUUCUCAAGGCGUCCCAGGCUCUUGUAUUAAACAGCAUUGUUCAACCUCUGUGCCUCGGAAUGACCUCUUUACAAGAGAAAAUGAGUACUUCAACACAGGUACAGAAAUGAUUUUGUUUACACUUUCUCGAACUGUAUAAUACCGUGAUUUGUGUCAUUAUAUUAUCUAUAAUAUGUCUUUAUCAGAACCUUAGUGAAUAGGCAUAUGCAUUAUGCGUUCUAUGAAAAAUGCGAUUGAAGCAGCAAAGAGCAUAAAUAUUCAUCAUUCAUUUGUCGUCAAACAGUGUGAUGAAGAGUUCCGUGAUGACUGGCAGAAGAUUUGGUGUCUGGGUGUAGUUGUGAUGGCAAGCUUACUGGGUAAACUGCGAUAUCAGUUUCUCAAAGAAUCUUUGGAUUUUGUUGCCGUUCAUCGUUUGAGACUGGUCCAGGUAGCCUUAUUUUGUUCAAUCCGAAUCUACUUUAGUAUUAGGUUAAGAUUAUCGUUAGCAGGGGUUAGGAUCAAUGUUAGGAUUACGUUAAAGAUUAGGAAUGUGGGAAUAAGGAAUAGUUGUAGGGUGAUUUAAAUUAUUUUUGAAGAUUGACUUGAUAUUUUUUAGGCAAUGGACAUGAUUCGCUUUAAUCAAUCUCCUUCAUGUCUUCAUGAGGCAGAGCAUAUUACGAUGUUUUUGGUGGAAAUGUCUGUUUAUCGCAAAGAAUGGCAGCUGGCCUUACCUGAUGCCUUUCAACAAAUAUUAUUUUCUUCAACUGUGCUCUUAGAUACAUGCGUAUCGCUGCUAAUAAGACCUCGACUUUUGGCGUAUGUCAUCGAGGUAGGAGAAUUUUCUAAUACCUCACAAUCUUUCCUCGUUUUUGCAUGAUGAUCACGUGACUGAACAAUUCCGAUACGUGCACCGUAUCUUUCAACGCUCUACCGAGGUACUCUGGUUCCUCCCCCAGGGAAUGUUGACAGGGUGGGUUGAGGUAAAUCCCAAGCUCACCCCGGCCUUGCUCUGAUCAAACACGAGUCAUACUUUGGCAGCCACAGGCGCCUUUAGUAAAACCUUCGACUCGGGUUGAGUUGGCGUCCUUCGUAAUUCAGCUCGAUUCUCAGCUGCAAGUAAAGCCUAGUUUCCAUUUGGUCGUUGGUUGUCGCUGGCACGACAAGUGGCUGAUGUAAUAGAGUGUCAACAAAACUUUACAAAACUCUGCAAUCAUUAAGACUUAUUUGCAUAUAACACACAAAAAGAUGAUUAUUAUAUUAGACUAUUUCACAUCUACCGCUUGUCGUGCCAGCGACAGCUAGAAACUAGGCUUAAGGGACGUUUGAGAGCAAACAACAGAACCCGAAGAAGAAUCAUUUUGUAUUUUUGUUUCAACACAACUGGUCAUUCUAUCCUUAUUGUCCUACAAUGUAAAAUUUUCUUUUCCCUGGCGUUUGUCGUUGAUUUGACGUAUGAACGUCAAGCUUAAACUGCUGUUAGUAUAAUCCCACUUAGUAUGCAAGCACAAGUUUGUUCAACAGUAUAUUUAAACCGAUUUACUCAAUGAUACACUUCAACUCUGAGCAUUUGUUUGAACAUUUACAUUCCAGAAACCAUCAGAUCGUGACUCCCCGGAUUCAUCCGACGCCAGUUCGGCAUCGAGUCGUAAAUUGUCGUGUAGUUUCUCAUCCACUAGUGAAUUACUACGUCCCUAUUCAACCCCAGAUGAACCCUUGGAGAAACAGAAUCCUAAAGUUAUUGAGACGCAGAAAACGUAAGUACCAUCAGCUAGAAAAACUGUAUAGUACCAUCAGCUAGAAAAUCUGUCGUACCACCAGCUACAGAAGAAAAUCUGUCGUACCACCAGCUACAGAAGAAAAACUGUAGUACCACCAGCUACAGUAGAAAAACUGCAGUACCACCAGCUACAGAAGAAAAUCUGUAGUACCACCAGCUACAGUAGAAAAACUGUGGUACCACCAGCUACAGUAGAAAAACUGUGGUACCACCAGCUACAGAAGAAAAACUGUGGUACCACCAGCUACAGUAGAAAAACUGUAGUACCACCAGCUACAGAAGAAAAACUGUGGUACCACCAGCUACAGUAGAAAAACUGUAGUACCACCAGCUACAGUAGAAAAACUGUAGUACCACCAGCUACAGAAGAAAAUCUGUAGUACCACCAGCUACAGUAGAAAAACUGUGGUACCAUCAGCUACAGAAGAAAAACUGUAGUGCCACCAGCUAGAAAAAAAUGUAGUACCACCAGCUAGAAAAUCUGUAGUACCACCAGCUACAGAAGAAAAACUGUAAUACCACCAGCUAGAACAAAUGUAGUACCACCAGCUACAGUAGAAAAUCUGUAGUACCACCAACUAGGAAAUCUGUAGUGCCAUCAGCUAGAAAAUCUGUAGUACCACCAGCUAGAAAAUCUGUAGUACCACCAGCUAGAAAAUCUGUAGUACCACCAGCUACAGUAGAAAAUCUGUAGUACCACCAGCUACAGUAGAAAAUCUGUAGUACCAUCAGCUAGAAAAUCUGUAGUACCACCAGCUAGAAAAUCUGUAGUACUACCAGCUAGAAAAUCUGUAGUACUACCAGCUAGAAAAUCUGUAGUACCACCAGCUACAGUAGAAAAUCUGUAGUGCCACUUGUUCCUUGCUUCAUACUGUAUAUAAGUAUUUGGUAGCUAGUGUCUUUAUUCUGAAUGUUUUCCUCGUUAUGUUUUACAGGUUAUUACGAAUAGUUUGCAAUAUACUUGGAUUUCUCAAGAAUUUCACUCCGAACAUUUGUGAAUUAUUACUGGACGAAGGAAUGGAUAUUGAUGAAUACACUCCGUUAUUCAGUCUCGCAUUUAGUGCUCCAGCUUUAGAUAAUGAAGGAACUCCUAGUUUUGGUACACUGCUAUCCUGUCUUAAUGUCUGUCUUGGCUACAUGCAGGCGGUGAGUAUCCUGCCCGCACAACGGCUGUAGUCGGCCGAUACAGGUUGAAACGAAAAACAGUCAAUGGUAUGAUAUGUGGGCUCCUCAGUAUUGGCUUCGUUAAAUACCAUGCAGCGUAUGUGUCCGACUUUAACAAGAAAUAAACUUGACUAAACUUUAUUUGUACUCUACGCCUUUAUUUGUACUCCUCCCUUGGCCAUCCCUUAAUUUAUUGGUUAUUGUUUGAGGCGGUAAAAGGAAAUAAAACCUGUGGUGUUUGGUAGAGUGAAAGCAUUUCUCUCACAUGGGACUGAGAUGGGAUUAUAAUGAGACAAGCGCCUAUUGCAGUCGUGAAAGACAUGUGUCUGUGGAGACGUGGAAGACUUGUGUCAGAGGAGAGCCUUUUAAAUGCAUGACUAUAACCGUUGCACAGCAAACACCCACAGAUCAAACACUCAAACACCCACAGAUAUUUUUCAAGUACUUAACGUUUCAGCAUGAAUUAUCACAGUAGGACAUGACACUAUGGCACAUAAAUAAUUUCAGAGAAUCAUGAACGCAAUAUUUAAUGAAUUCUUGUAUAGGCUGAUCCAAGACCAUUAUCUUCGCCGGAAAAAUCCCCUUGGAAAUUUAAAACAUUAAGUUCUGUUUUGCCCAAGUAAGUUCAUUCAUUUUAUCAUGAUAUGCAAAAGUUGCUUCAAUGAUCUCUUCCAUGCUAUCCAUUGCUUUAAAUAGUGUGUAAAUUAUACAAAUAAUUUCUUUCAGAUCUUCGGUAAACUUCACAAUGGACAACUCUAUAAUUCUCGUAUUAUCUCAAGCUUUACUUUAUCUUAAAGACCCGCGUGUCGAACAAGCAAAUAAACAACUUCUGAAGCGAAAGCUUGCCAGUGAGUUGGUAAGUGAUGAUAUUGUUCUUAUACUUAGUUUUCUAUCGCAAGUAAUUUAUGGUAGCGAUCAUGCAUAGUCCAAGUACUUUUCGAUUCAUGCCGGAAUAAACGUCAUAAGCUGCCCAGGCCUAGAAAAUAUAUUUUUUUUCCUGGCAGCAAAAUCCCAAAAUAAGAAAUUCCUGUGUGAACCGCCAGACAUGGUAGUAAACUUAAAUCUCUGCAUGCACCAGACAAAUUUGACUUGAAAACACUUUUGGAAGUCUUUAAACAAUAAGCAUAUUAUAAGAUGACAAAUUUAUUGUCCAGCACUGAAGCUGCCUUCGUGUGUGCCUGCAUAAUCUGAGGCCGGUUGUUCAAAGCUGGGUUAGUUUAACCCUGGGUUAACCUAAAAUUCAAAGCAAACUUCCUGACAGCUUGUCUAUAAAUUUGGAAAUAUUUCUUCAGAGAUCUUGUCUGGAUCGAUAACAGUACUUCUCUGAAGUUUUGUAAUAAACAGACGUGUAGAAAUACACAAACUAAAACAGCAGGUUAAAUUUUAACCCAGGGUUAGCGCUAACCCACCUUUGAACAAAACAUCUGCUGUCAUUUGAAAGUUAAUUAAAUUACCAUGUUAGUCACGUCAGCGAUGCUGUAGUUGUGAUUAGCGCAUGCGUGCAUGAGACGAGAUUCCUGGCGGAAAAGAUGAAUGAAUAAAAAAUGUCUUUGUUCGUUCAAGGAACCAUUCCUUCGUGCUGCAAUGCGUCAUUUUGGAAGGCGUGGUUACACUCCCUCCCCAGGCUCCACACCAAAAUCAGCCAGCUCGGUUCGUCGUUCCUUGAGCCGCGCAAGAACUGAGCAGUGGGAGACUGGAGACCAUAAAGAUGUGAAAUUAUUUAAAUUGGUAGAUAUAUUUGUCAAAACGCUGAUUCAGUGA